AUGCAACUUCCAAUCCCCCUCUUCGCUCUGAUGGCCUCCAUGGUCGCAGCCUCGCCUGCGCAGCCUAUACCAGCGCCGGCCCUCGAGGCCAGGGCCGCAGCAACAGACGUCUACAAGUACGUGGCCUACACAACCUUACCUGUUGCAUAUCCAACGGCCGCCUCGUCACGCUCCGGAUAUGUCUCAUCAGAAGACGAAUGCCCUUCGGGCUGUGUUGCUGCUCCUGCUGCAGGCAUGCUCGGCAUCGUCACGACAAAGUACUCUUGCGCAGCACCAGCGGCCACAACUUCUUGGCGCUCUUGGACGGCGACGAGUACCUGUGGACCCAACUCAGCUGUGACCACCUACUCAAGCGCAUGGGGGAGUGAAAAGACUGCUGUCGGAUGUCAUGCGCUGGCCUAA